CAAUCACCACAGCCAACCAAUCGCUGACACCACCACUGCUUGCCUGCUUUGCUUUGCUCGCUUGUCGUCGAAUGUAUCUCCGACGCGCUCUGCUUGCUACGCCCCGUCUUCUCGCGACAGCACCUCGCACACUGGCAACGAUGAGCGGUAAAGACCUCUUCUUCUUGGACGACUUUGCACUUCGCCAAUUCAACGAUGACUCCUACACCGGCACGCGGCUGAAGGGCUCGCCAGAGGAGUUUGCCAAGAAGGUGAACGAGCUGUGCACGUCCGAGGAGGACCUGAAGCCCGGAUAUGCCCCUUUCUGCAAGCACGUCUUCGUGCCAAACUUUGUGGGAGCUCUAUGCCCAGUCAUCGCGAUCACACCGGAAGUGGAACCUCUCAUCGUCACCGCAUACAAGGCCCGCACCGAGAAGGAGCUGCCGGUGCUGACGCGCUGGGUGCCUGCAGAGAAGUACGAGGCCAAGCCCGCCAAGAUGCUCGACGUCAUCCUCUACAGCCGAGAGCAGGUCAUUGAGGAGCGCAAGGCCAUGGGCAUUGAGGGCGACGUCCCAGACUGCCCGUGGGGCAUCAUCAGCGUCAAGGCCCAGGAUGAAUCGUAUGAAACGCCCAUGCAGCCCAUUACAAUGUUGCGGAAUGCACUUGGCAAAGAGGAAGGUGGAUCCGGCGUUCCACUUGACAGGGAGAAGUACCUUGAGUCUGUCGCGUACUGGAGCAAGCAUGUGCCGCUUGCAUAAGACGUCCACCCACCGCUCCUUCUAAUGACUUUGCACCAACAUACCAGCUGUCAACGGGCCUUGAGUACGAUCAUCAAGACACAAAGACACAAAGACACAAAAAUGAAUCCUGUCAUCAUCCUCAGUGUGAAGAAGGACAGCAGAAAUAUCAGCAAGGG